AAGUGGAGCAGGAGGGCAUGGGGUGCUAUGGGCGGGCGGGGGUGGCGACUCAUGGGCUUGAGGACCAUUUUGGCUCUGCAUGUGGCCUUCCAGGCCAAGGGCCUUACUCAGAGCGCGGGCUGACCAGGCCAGAGGGCCAGCGCAAGUCACAGUGGACACAAACACACCCGAUACACAGGCAGACACGCUCAGGCAGAAGCACAGAUAGACAGACACAGAAGACACCAAGAUGGGCAUGCGGGCCCAGACACAGACUCAGAAGCACUGGCAGGCCCUCUGGGGACACUCCAGGGCAGAGUCACGCACAUACAGGGAGACACUCUCAGGUCAACACACAGAUGUGCAAAAUCGAUGCCCAGAAAAGUGCGCAUAUACCCGUGCGCUCACGCUCAGGCGUCAGGUUCACUUGCCUGGUUUCCCUGGGAAAGUGCCGAGUACUAGCCAUGGCUGGGGGCUGAGUCAGGCUCACUCCCUGCCUUGCGAGUCUCCUGGUCUCCAGGCUCUGUAACUGUCCCUCCGUCAUGGCAGGUGUGCCCAGUGCUGGGAUCAGGCCCAGAGCAGGAGGUGCCGAACAUGGUAUGGGCUCAGCUGGUCGGGGAAGGCUUCUCACGGGAGGAGCCAUUUCUGCGAGCCUUUAAUGAGUUGACAGCUGAAGAAGAAGGGGCUGAGCUCACUGUAGGCAGAGUGCAAAGGUGUGGAGGAGAGGUGGGUGCUUCUGAGUGAUCAGAGCGAGGGAAUAAGUUGGAACUGAAGCCAGAGGGGUCAUUAGGAGAGGCCUUGAAUGCCAAGCUAAGGAUGGAGCUGUGCUGCUUCUGAGGGCAGCGGUGGCCCAGGGGGCUUAUGCUUUGUUGCUACUGUGAAGGGAAGUCUUUUUAAGUGUCUCUUUCUAAUAGGCUUUGCUGGGGUACAGGAAAGGUAUUGCUUAUAUUUACAUAAUCAACGCACAAAACUUACUAAACCCUUUUAUUAUCUCUAAUAAUUUUCAGUCUCAGAUUUUCUAAGCCAACAAUCAUAUCACCUAUGAAUAAUGACAAUUUAAUCUGCUCCUUCCCAGUGUUUACAUCUCUUAUCUAUUUUUCUUUCCUUAUUGCCUUAAUUUGUUCUUCCAGGCAAAUGUUGAGGAUUCAGAGUGGUGAGAACAAACAUCCUUGUCAUUUUCCUUAUUUGCAGGGGCUAGAAGGAAAAGGAAAGCUUACAAGGAAAGCUUUCAAAACCCGGUUUUACACGUGCCUGGGUUGAUAUCCUGAUCAUUGUCCCUCCCGCUGUGCUCUCAGGCGAUAGAUGAUUGGCUAUUUCUUUACCUCCUCUUUUUGCCUAAUUAGCAUUUUUGUGAGCUCUCUUUACUACUUGAUUGGUCAGGUGUGAGCUAAAUUGCAAACCCUGUAUUUAAAGGUGGAUGCAGUCACCUUCCCAGCUGGGCUUAGGGAUUCUUAGUCGGACUAGGAAAUCCAGUUAGUCCUGUCCCUCAGUCCCACCUCUCAACAGGAAAACCCAAAUGCUGUUGGGGAGGUUGGCCGACGACCGCUCUAACUGCUAGGCAAGAUUCUUAUGACUGAUCCUAGGAGGCAGCAUCGAGGGGGCCUGGAAAGGAGAGCAGCUCGGAGGCUGUGAUCAGGCUGUGCUCUGGGGUGACAGGGGUAGAUGGACAGAGGCUGCCAGGCCAGUGCAGGAGGGCCACAUCAUCACAGGGACAAUGCCGAGUGCCCACUGAGCGGAUAAAUGGUGACGGCAGGUGGUGUGAGGCAUCUGAACCCCGAGGUCCUGAAACCCAGCUGCUUAGCCGCCUCCGUGUCUCUCCCACCCCAGCCUCCAUCCAGCUGCUUAGCUGCCUCCAGGAACCUCAAGGAAGCCUGAGGGCUGCCUCCUCUGGGGAGCCUUCCUUGACCAAGCCCCUGGGUGUGGCCAGGCCCCACAGAGCCACACCACGUUUCUGCGUCUGCUCCUGUGGCCACUCCUUCUUGCCCUCAGCUCUCCUGCUGCCAAGAUGCCAUCGCCACAGACAGAGACUCCUGGGCUGGAGCUGCAAAGUCCCAAGGAGGCUGAGGAGUCGCAGACUCCAGCUCAGGGCUCCCGGCAAACAAGCAGCAGGAAAGAGCCCAAUGCCCACUGCAAGGAUGGCACAAGGCUGGGCCUGGGCACCUUGAGGCAGGCCUUCUCCCGGGCCAGCCAACGGGCUUUGACCCAGGUCUCCAAGGAGGAUACAGGCCUGUUCCGGCGAAGCUCUUGCUCCCUGUUCCGGUCCUUCCGGCAAACCCUGGAUGAAGGCCCAGCUGCCGGCCAUUUCCAGGCCACUCCUGAGGUGCCCUCGGGGGUCAUGAAUGGUAUCAGCCAGCAGGCAUCCACUGGGGCAGCCUCUGAGGAACUGAAACCCGAGGCAGAAGGCAAAUCCGUGGCCGACCUCAUUACUGAACGGCAACUGCUGGCGGCCUUCGAACAGCUUCUGCGCCUGGAGACACGGCUGGUGGCGGAGAAGGCCUCGCGCACCUUUGAGCAGGAUCCCACGGCCUUCGCGCGGCGCGCCAUGGACGUGUGCCUGCAUUACGACGGGCUGGCAGCCGAGCUCAGCGCCAUCGUGCGCGAAACGCUGGGCAGCGACGGCGUGGACGCGGCCGUGCUGGCCGAGCUGGCCCGCGUGGUGAACGCAGAGGAGGAGGCCCACCCCUCGCCCCCCGACGACGGCGACUUCCUGCGCACGCCGCGCCACUGGCGCCAGCACUGGGAGGAGGCGGUGCGGCGGAGCGCUCAGGAGCGCGUGCGGCGGCCGGGCGCGGGGGGGGCCUCUGCGGCGGCGGAGGGCGCCUCGGGUCUGGCCCAGCUUCUGGCAGAGCUGGGCGUAUUGGUUCGCCGCGAUCUGCAGAAGGUGCGGCAGGAGGUGCAGCCCGCUUAUGCGGCGGCCGGCUUUCCGGCGUGGGAAGUCUAUCUGCGCGCCUUCCACAGCGCGGUGGCCCAGCGCCUCCAGGAACUCGCGCGCGACGCCCGCGGCUGUGAGCAGCUCUAUGUCCUGCUGGACUGGGCCGCCAACGUCUAUGGCAGUCCUGACUUCCUGGGCCCCCCGGGCCUGGCGCUGCCCGCCGAGCCCCUGCCCCCGCUCCUGGCGCCCGACGUGUGGGCCCGACUGGAGAGCGACUACACCAGCUUCCUGGAGGCCAAGAUCACAAGCUGCUUCGACAACAUCUUGCAGCUGGAGCAGAGUCACUGGGCGGCCGCCAAGGACCCCGAGGUGCUGCAGGGCCUUUACCAGGCGCCGCUCUCCAUGGACGUCCACAUGCUCGUGGCUGAGCACGUGAAGGCGGCCGGCGCCAUCUCCGCGGAGCUGGAGGCCACCACCCUGCGAAUCUGCACGCGGGCCCUCGGCCUCUUCGUGCCCAGGUUUGAAAAGGCUUUUCUGGCGUCAGAGGCGGUGAGCGAGCCCCACCUGGGCGCCUACAUCAACGCCUGCGAGGAGCUCAGGACCAGUAUUCUCUCUAGGUUCCCAGCAACUCAAGAGGAGCUGGAGAAGCCCCUGCUGGCGGCCACCUGCAGCUUCCAGAAGCACCUGCUUCAGGGCUUGCAGCGUGAGUUGCAGCCGCUCUUCAGGGUUGUGUGCACCAGGGACUGGCUGACGCAGGACUGGCUGCGUCCCCUCAUGGGCAAGGUAGUGAGGUUCACCGGUCAUCUCCAGCGUGUGGCCCAGCCACGGGCACAGGAGACUCUGCAGGAGGUGCACCGGUUCGUGGUCCGCGAGUACCUGGCACAGGCGCUGAAGCCACGGAAGCGGUUCUGGGCCAUGGAGCGCAUGCGUGGCUCCCAGAAGAUGAGCCUGGAUGCCCAGGCCAUCAGCGACACCUUCCAGGGCCUGGUAGGGGUGACAUCUGACUGCCCCUCGGUGCUCGCCUCUGUGUGGGGAGGGGUGGCAGUGACUAGGGCCAUAGCACCAGAAGGGCUUUUGGCGGGAGUGGUUCUCCUGAUGCUGGAUCAGGUGAAACAGGGACUGGGGCACCUGUGGGGCUGGGGGGUGGGGGGAACCAGGUGGGAGGGUGGCACAUUGCAGACUUUUGCAUACAGUUUGCAGGGCUGCAGGGAAGGGGCGAAGGUCACAGCCCCAUCUCGUGGUCAGGGUCUGUGGGAGGUGUUCCCCACCUCAGGCCAGAGCCCUCAGAGUGGAGGCACCAGCGCCCUGCAUACCCCUUGUUUGCCCCCAGCAGCAGCACGCUCAGGCUGGCCUCGGUUUUCCUGUCCGAGCAGGAUGGGAUGGGAGGGGAGAUGAAUGCUGUGUGGCCCACGAGCCCUGGGUGCCCAGGCACGCUCCUGUUCUGUUUUGGGGGAGGCAGUCCCAGCACCGAGCUGAAGUGACUGCGGGAGGGCUGACGCUGCGGGAGGGCUGACGCUGCGGGAGGGCUGACGCUGCGCUGACCUGGUGCUCCUGCAGGAGUUGGAGCAAGGGUGGGGAGAGGGCUCCUGGGGCAGGUGGCAGUUCUGUCUCGAAGGGUUCCGAGGCCACAUGGUUGGACCAAGC